AUGGCCGACAUUGGACUUUCCACUGCCGACGAGGGCCUGAACGGCGACCAUCAACAUACUGUCCUUACCACCACCGGCCCUGUAGGAGAAGCAGGACUUCCGCCAUCUCGACCCACUUCCAACACGCUCAACUCGACUUCUCGCACACGAUCUGCCGCUCCCCAGGCUCGCGUCGGCUCUCCCGUACCAUCCUUGGCUGGUCGCGGCAGUGGCAGCUAUCAGAACGACCCUUCUCGUCGUACUCAUGUGCCGAAUCUCAUAUCGAGCGCUUUCCUGCCAACUAGUCCGAGACGUACCGAACCGCAAUCUCCACCACCUACCGCUUCCCAGAACCCGCCGCUCCCAAUAGCAAGACCAAGCAUCGACAGUGGACGCAGAACUCACCGUUCUCGUAAUAGCAAUGCGUCAAUCGUAACUCUGGAACAAAGCAAUAGGCCUCGAAUUGACCCGGACGCUCCCCCGUUGCCUACCUCUCGAGGAACGGGGACCACGACCUAUGAUGUCAACCGGGACCUGCAGCCCUUCGGAAGUGCUAAGAGCCAGGAGAGUCAAUACCCGUUGAGAAAGCCGCCUAUGCUUGACAUAGAUGGCACUACCAAAUCAGUGUCUUCGUUGCAAGCACAGAAGUCGCCCAUCUCUCUGCGUCCAUCAUGGAGCCGCCAAAGUCGUUCGAGCAGGGUUAAUGGCCGGAGUGUCGAUCGAGAUGGCCACGAGAAGCUACCUUCUGUACCGCCUUCACCCGCAACCAACAGAGCUAUUCCGGUCCCGUCGGGCUCCCAAUUAACUUCUGGAAAGAACUACCAAUACUUCAAUGGCAAUGCCGUCUUCUUUCUGCGUGGCAGACUUAUUAAUACCCGGCAGCGGCCGCUUAAUGUCUUUACUGCUCUUCUUGCGAUAAUCCCUGCUGCUUUAUUCUUUGGCUUUUCUGCGCCGUGGCUAUGGCAUCAUGUUUCACCAGCGAUACCCAUCCUUUUUGCCUACGUCUUCUUCAUCUGUAUCUCUUCUUAUCUCCACGCCUCAUUUUCCGAACCGGGAAUCAUCCCACGUAAUCUCCAUCCUCAGCCUCCUCCCCCAGCGGAUGAGGAUCCUCUAGCUGUUGGGCCAUCUACCACAGAAUGGGUCACGGUUAGGUCCUUUGCCCCAUCUGCAGGUGGUAGCAGCACUACUGCUAUGGAGGUUCCCAUCAAGUUCUGCAAGUCAUGCAACAUCUGGCGACCUCCGCGUGCCCACCACUGCCGCAUCUGUGACUCGUGUAUCGAGACUCAGGAUCACCAUUGCGUUUGGCUCAACAACUGUGUUGGUCGUCGCAAUUACCGUUAUUUUCUCACAUUCGUCGCAUCCGGAACAUUCUUAGGCUUAUUCCUACUUGCAGCCAGUCUCACGCACAUCCUCGUAUGGAUGAAGAGGAACGACUCCGAUUUUGGUCAUGCUCUUAAUGUUUGGCGUGUCCCAGCUGCCAUGUGUGUGUACUCGUUUCUCAUUCUGACAUAUCCUAUGAGUCUUUGGGGCUACCAUCUCUUCCUCAUGGGCAGAGGCGAGACCACAAGAGAAUACCUCAAUAGUCACAAGUUCCAAAAGAAGGAUCGUCACCGACCGUUCAGUCAGCAUUCGAUCUUGGGAAACUGGUCCAGCGUAUUCACAAGACCUCGUCCGCCGACAUACAUGCGAUUCAGACACCGUUACGAAGAUGGCGACCAACGCCUUGGAGAGCGAAGGUCCAAGAUGGCCAAGCAGUCGGAGAAGGACGGUGAUGUGGAGAUGGGUGAGAUCAAAAGUGGUACUGCCGCCAGUAAUGUCGGCGGUUACCAAGGACAAAGAACCCUUACUCCCAUCAACAAUACCCCUCGAGGAUGA